UAUUAUGUAAUAAACUAUAAUUUUCAUAUAAAUGUCAUAAUAGGCGUGUUAGUUAAACGGAUUUAGUCCCUGUGAGCGAGUCUUGUUUUAGCUUUGUAGCUAACUCUUACGGUUAAAGGCAUGUUUCCGUUAACUGGUGGUCUUUAACAAGCUAGCUAGCCGUUAACUCAGUUGAUGUACGGUAACUUCAUGUAUUUAAACCCGAUCCCACUUAGUACAAUACACUUGGGGUUUAAUGUGAUUUAUUGUUAGUUUUUAGACACGUCAACCUGUAGUAGUGUUGCCAUUUAAAGCAUGUGACACUAUAUGAAACAGCGUCAUAUACAAGAUCUGUGAUUUUAUGUUAAUUGUGUCUCUUUUGCAAUAUUGUUCAUCAGAUCAGACAACUUGAUAUUAUUUUCCUUCCUGUUGUAGUUCAUGAAAUGAAAACAUGAGGACUGUUGACUGCAUUGUGCACUGGAGGGGUCUGCUCCUCCUCCUGUCCUGCUGUCUGCUGGGUGUUCACUCUCAGGUGCAUGCUGAUGAGCAGCAGCAGCAGCAGCAGCAGCAGCAGCCGCCGGCCGCAGAAGAUGCAACUCACGAUUCAGGCCACGGUCACGGCCGUCUGGACAAAAACAUGAUCCAAGACAAAGAUCACAUACUGGAGCACCUAGAGGGAGUGAUCGACAAACCAGAGAAGGACAUGACCCCCCAGGAGCUACAGCUGCAUUAUUUUAAAAUGCACGAUUACGAUGGAAACAACCUCUUGGAUGGGCUGGAGCUUGCCACAGCCAUCACACAUGUGCACAAAGAGGAAAGAGGAGAAAACAGCCAGCCUAUGAAAGAGGAGGACCUUAUUGCUCUCAUCGAUGAUGUUCUGAGGGACGAUGACAAAAACAAUGAUGGCUAUAUAGAUUAUGCAGAGUUUGCCAAAUCACUGGAAUAGGUUCUAUUCAUGUCUCUUCGUGUCCACCACAACAGCAUGUUUGCAGAGAAUGGAAGGGCCAUCUGUGAGCAUACAUGGAGCCAUGCUGAGACGAUACAAAACGAUUUGUUUGAUCAAAAAUAUUGUCUUAGUUGAUCAGUUAAGGUUUUUUAUUCCAUAAUUCAUGACCUGUUUUUUUCUCUUUCUGAUCUUUUAUUUUGCCAAAAUACCAGUAAUUUAUUCAGAUGAUAAAGGGCAGAACUCAAGAAGCAUGUUUUUAUUUUGACUUUGGUGUCAGCUUGUAGCUUGUUCUGCACCAUUUGGUGUAGGUUUGUUAAAAUCAUGCAGUUUUAACAAACAUGCAAGAUUCAUUCAGUAUUGGCAGUAAUCAUGUUGAAACCUCACUGGGACCCAGUCGUGUGGAUAAACUCAUGGCAUGGAGACCUCUUAUACUUCCAUCCCAGGACUUUGUUUGUGAGGUGUUUAAUACUACAGCAAAACUGCCAAUGUUAACUGUUCUUAUUAGUUAUUUGUGGGCUACAGAGUAACUUGGAUGCAAAAUCACCGCCACUAUUAUGAGCUCAGAUAUGUUUCAGGUAUCUCAAAACCUACACAUAUAAAACCCAUAACAAUCCCAACAACACCAACCCCAUCCUCCCAUUUCAAAGUACAUGAGCUGUUAAAUACAUAAUAGACCAAAUGAUUCCUUCUGUGAAUCAAUUUCAUUUGCUCAAUGAUGAAGGUGAACGUCCUCAUCCUUGCAACACAAAGUGGCCUUGCCGGAUCAGUCUGAGCUGAUGGAGUGUGUGUAGAGAGGAACAUGUUGAUUUUGGAGGUGAUUUCAAGAUCAGAUCACAAACAGAGUAACAUAAAACUGAAUGUCGUAGCGCAUCAGGACAUGACAUUAUAAAAACUGUAUGUGGACCAUUCCUCUCACUCAGUCAUUGUGUUGUCAUUAAGUGAGGUCAAAUCCUCACACCACUGUAUGCUCAUUACUGGAUAAGCUAGUCCUAAAGCACACAGCCUGAUGCUACUGUCACUGCAGUUUUAGAAAACCUUUUCUAAAAGACUAGGCAGGUUCCCUGUAAAGCACUUGAACACCACACGACUGCUUCAAACAUUAGUUGCCUUUAAAUCAGAUAUUAUUAUUAUGAUAAAGAUAUGGAUAUGACAUGUUUGUGUUAGUGUAUAUUUAGUUCAUCUGUGAUUUGAUAAAAAUAUAGAAGUAAUAUAGAAGAAUUGUCUAUUUUUCCAUCCAGUGUUGUUUAAUGCAGAUGUAUUAAAAACAGCAUAACACGCGCAAUCGUGUUGUCGCCAGAAUGUGAAACAAUAAAAGCUGUAAUUAAUAAAUGUUGCUUUGUGCAGUU